CCCACACCAGUGGAGGGAACAUUUUGAAUCAGUUUUGCUGUCUGUUUUAGAAGUUUAGACCUAAAAAGUAAUUAGAGAAAACACCGCAAAGAAACCCCCUGACAAGGAGCGGUUAUAGAAAUGGGGGAUGGGGUCUUUGUGUUCAGCGAGAAAUGAGUGACCAGAGAAGUGGAUGACCUGAGGGCUGGCAUGCUCCCCACGUGUGUCGGUAAGCUGGGGGGAGGGAUUCCGGGAGCCCUUCUCUCAGCCCCCCCACCCCAGAGUCCACCCCAGGACUCUGGCUGGUAACAAGGGGCGCCCCUCCCCUGCCUUCUUGCUCUGCCUCCACUCCUCCACCUGCAGGACCUGCUAAGAUCAGGUGCAGGAGCGGGGACUGGGUGGGGAAGCUGCUAAAUCCACCUCAGGUGAGCUGCAGGGGGGGAAGAGUUCUCUGUCCUGUACUCCUGGGAAGGAUUCUGUAUCCUGUGGCCCCACAGUAUGGAAGCCAAUGGCCAAGUCUGCAGAAUGUGUCUGUGGCCAGGUCCAGACUGAGUCUAGGUGGUUUUCCUGAAGAAGAAAAAGGCCUCUAGAGGAGGGGAUGGAAGCUGAGAAAGAGUGAGGGGGUCGCCUGGUUACUCCCCAGUCUUGACAUUCAUCUCACACACACACACACACACACACACACACACAUACACACACACAUUGUGUCAAGGGCGCUGGGGACCAGAGGGUCACACCUGGCGGCAGUGGGGAAAGUGACUGAGCCUCAGACCUGAAGGAGGGCAGAGGCAGGCUGGGCCUUGAAGGUGCAGGGGCAGGGUCGUGUGGCCUUCAGGGCAAGUCAGGAUAGAGGUGACCCUCCCCCUUGGCAGCUUCACCUGGCGCCUCCACUGCAAUCCUGCUGGCUGAGCGCUCCAGCUGGUGUGUCUCAGCUCUCCAAAGGCUCUUUCUCUCCUCCCCUUAGCCUCUGUUCUGCUGCUGUGUCUGUCUGUGGCCUUGUCUCACUGAGACUGACCCUCUGUGUGUGUGUCUGUCUCACUAUCACUGCCCUGUUUUGUCUCGUCUCUCUCUCUGUCUCUCUAUCUCCACCACAAUCCUUGUUUCCAACCAUGUCUCAUCCCUGUGCCUUCUGUCCCCAUGCCUGCCUCACUCACUUUCUCCAUCCCCCUCUCCGUCUUUCUCUUAUCUUUGUCUCCUCUGUCUCUGCCUUGUCCGCUCCUCCAUCCCUACCUUCCUCUUGUACGUGUUUCACUUUUGUCACCACCUCUGUCCCUGUCUCCCUCUUGCUCCCUGCCACUCCCACCCCCCCAGCCCAUCUCUCUCUCUGGUCCAUGUCUCAUCCUUGUCUCCAUGUGUGUACCUGUAUCUCUCUUGUCCCUUUCUCCAUUUUUCUCCAUCACUGUUUCUGUCCCUUUCUCUCCCUGUCUCCAUCUCUGUCUCCUCUUCUCAUCUACAUCCUCUGUCCCCAUCUCAGGCCCCGUCUCUUCCUCGUCCUUGUCUCCAUUCCCCAUCCUGAGCCGCCUCCGUUAUCCCCUCCGGGAUGGGACCUCGCUGGGGGCGGGGCCGAGGGACUGGAUCGGAAUAACUCGGUUAUCAGGACGAAUUGAAUUAACUUCUUCACACAAGCGCCGCCGGGCCUGUUUCCCCUCCCCUCUGCGGGGCCGCAGGUGGGGAGGCCAGGGAGAGGGGUCGGGACCCUACGGCCUAGCACGAUGCGUAGAGACUGAAAGUCUGGUCCGGAUUGGGGCGGGAUAGGGACUCCAGGGAUGGGGCCCGGCGCACCGUGCCCAGCACCUCCCGAGCACUAAGAGGGAGGCGGCGACCCUUUGAGGUGGGGGUCGGGGGCGGCUGGGGGCGGGGCCUUGGCCGUCCAGGCCCCGCCCGACGAGCUCGCCCCGCCCCCUCCGCGGGGUCCUGCGCGUUAAAAGGCGCGCGGACCGGGCUGGGCUAUACUUGCCUUGCACCAGGGCGGAGCGCGGCCGCGACGGGGCGGGCGGACUUGCGGGCGCUCAGAGCCGGCCUCGGGUCCACGGCGCCUGGCGCUCCAACCCCCAUCUUGGCCCCCACCCGGCCCGGGACCCCGACUCCGACCCGGCCCGGCCCGGCCCCCGCCACCGCACCCCGGGCCGAUGGACUACUCCUACCUCAAUUCGUACGACUCGUGCGUGGCGGCCAUGGAGGCGUCCGCCUACGGCGACUUCGGCGCCUGCAGCCAGCCCGGCGGCUUCCAGUACAGUCCCCUGCGGCCCGCCUUCCCUGCGGCCGGGCCUCCCUGCUCCGCGCUCGGCUCCUCCAACUGCGCGCUUGGCGCUCUACGCGACCAUCAGCCUGCGCCCUACUCGGCAGUGCCCUACAAGUUCUUCCCGGAGCCGUCGGGCCUGCACGAGAAGCGCAAGCAGCGGCGCAUCCGCACCACGUUCACCAGCGCGCAGCUAAAGGAGCUGGAACGCGUCUUCGCCGAGACUCACUACCCCGACAUUUACACGCGCGAGGAGCUGGCGCUCAAGAUCGACCUCACCGAGGCUCGCGUGCAGGUGUGGUUCCAGAACCGCCGGGCCAAGUUCCGCAAACAGGAGCGUGCGGCCAGCGCCAAGGGUGCGGCGGGCGCGGCGGGCGCCAAAAAGGGAGAGGCGCGCUGCUCGUCCGAGGACGACGACUCCAAGGAGUCCACGUGCAGCCCCACGCCCGACAGCACCGCGUCGCUGCCGCCGCCGCCCGCGCCCGGCCUGGCCAGCCCGCGCCUGAGCCCCAGCCCGCUACCCGCCGCCCUGGGCUCCGGGCCUGGACCGGGGCCGCAGCCGCUCAAGGGCCCGUUGUGGGCCGGCGUGGCGGGCGGUGGGGGAGGCGGGCCGGGCGCGGGCGCGGCGGAGCUGCUUAAGGCCUGGCAGCCGGCGGAACCUGGGCCCGGGCCCUUCUCGGGGGUUCUGUCCUCCUUCCACCGGAAGCCCGGCCCCGCCCUGAAGACCAAUCUCUUCUAGCCUUCUAGCUGCCGGCCUCUGAAGGCUCCAGGCCUGCCGCCAGAGACGCCCUUGCCCCUCCAGGACCUGACAGAGUCCCUCCCCAUCUCGGCAGCCUGCCUGAUGCCCCCAUCUCUCCCCCCCCCCCACCGUGUCUGACCCCUAUGUGUGCCCUCCCCAGCUUUGGAGACCAAGUCAGGGCUCCUCGCCCACCCCUACCUAGCAGAGGGAGGUACUUUUCACUGGGAUGCCCUCCAGGAGAGCCCAGAACCCCUUCCAGCCUGGUUUU